CCCUCGACUCUGAAAAGUGGUCAAGUGGUACGUCCCGUGUCUCUCGGCAAGCAGGAGAGGGAGGGUCAACAUGGCGUCCGAACAGGAGAGCUCCAAUGGGCCUGUGAAGAAGUCCAUGCGAGAGAAGGCUAUAGAAAGACGCAGCAUCAACAAGGAACACAACAGUAACUUCAAAGCAGGCUAUGUACCCAUAGAAGAGGAACGUCUCCAUAAGACAGGGCUGAGAGGACGCAAGGGAAACAUGGCUGUCUGCAUCGUUAUCCUCCUCUUUCUCCUCGCCUUAAUUAAUCUAAUUAUCACUCUGGUAAUAUGGACAGUGAUCCGGAUCGGUCCUAAUGGCUGCGACAGUAUGGAGUUCCAUGAGAGCGGCCUGCUGCGCUUCAAACAGAAGGCGGACAUGGGCAUCGUUCACCCACUGCACAAGAGCACAGUAGGAGGUCGUAAGGACCAGGAUUUGGUUCUUGUCGGCAACAAUAACCCGGUUGUGUUCCAGCAAGGCACCACUAAGCUGAGCGUAGAGAAGGACAAGACGUCAGUUGUCAGUGAUGUUGGCAUAUCCUUCACAGACCCUCGUACACAGAACACGUUCUUCAGCACAGACUUUGAAAACCACGAGUUCCAUUUGCCCAAAGGGGUCAAAGUUCUCAGUGUUAAAAAGGCGUCCACAGAAAGGAUCACCAGUAGUGCUACAUCGGACCUGAACAUUAAAGGGGAUAGCAAGGCCAUCAUUCGUGGAAACGAGGGCGUCAACAUCAUGGGCCGGACUGUGGAGUUCAAAAUGGGUGGAGGCAUCGAGCUCAAGGCUGAGAACAGUAUCGUCCUCAACGGAUCAGUCAUGUUCAACGCCACACGCAUCCCUAAUUCGGUUGGAGACGUGUAUUUCGAUGAGGGUCUGGAAAGGUACAAGCUGUGCAUGUGUGCAGAUGGGACUCUGUUCCGUGUGCAGGUAAAAUAUCACAACAUGGGCUGCCAGACCUCAGAAAACCCAUGUAGAAAAGCUCACUAGGAGACUUAACUGGAAUCUGCUGUUACCAUCUCACUACAAUCUGUCACCACUGAAGUCACACUACAAAUUUUGUAGGACAUUCUGCAAGGCCAUUUAUCACAACGCACAUAAUAAUACCUCUGCAGUUCACCUGACUUGCUCUGUAUUCCUCAUUUUGUGUGCCAAAUUGUGUUACAGAUCAUCGCCACUUGGCCAAAGAUAUUAACAUAAGUAUUUGUAUUGUUUUUUAUAAAAUUUUAAUUGCCACGUCAGUGCGUAACAAUCCUAUUUUUAACAUCUUACUGUGGUUUAUGUUGCCCAUUGAUAGCGAUUAGGAGCUACAGUAUUUACUUUUCGCCUUACCGUCCAGUAUUACUAACUUACAAACCUUGAAGAGGGCUUGUGCAAGAUUUGAUUUGCUGUUCAUUGUUUCUGGCAGCUGUGUUUGAUAUUUUCUCUCUAAUAUUCACUGACAAGCGUGAGACACUAAAUGAUUACAGAGAUUUGUAUAUUAUUAAAUUUGAAAAGAUACAUUUUAAGCCAUCCAGUUAUGUUAAAGCAGAGUAGGUCUCCUGCACAUCUUGGACUGUCUUUCAUGCAUGUGCCAACGGAUUUACAAGGGAUGAUGUGGAAUAAAAUAUAUACUGUAUGUAAUAUUCUAAUUUUGUCGCAAAGCCUUUUUUACAGCGAAAUGAUAAGAUAAUGAGAAGCAGAACAAGACCGUGUGCACUAAGUUAUGCUACAGAUUAAUGCAAAUGUUCAUGAAUGUCAGGAAAGUUUAAAUCAUUAGUAACUUGGUUUAAAGCCUGUAUUGAGUGGUUUUGAAUUUUUGUGCAAUAUAUAUUAUAAAAGAUUUGACUUUCAUUUUGCUUUGGAUUGUCUUUUUUGUUUUAUAAUAGUGCCAAUGUUGAGAAAUGUCAUGAAGAGUGUUUUUGAUCAACUAAAUUAAAAAAACAGGGUGAUCAGCCUUGUUUGAAAAAAUUGUCCAACAUUUAAUUGCUGUUUGUUUCAAUAAAGAAACAUGUUGCUAUGGGAAACUUCU